UAGCGACGCAUUUCAAUCGACAAAGUAGUAGAAAAAGUGAUUACGUGGAUCGGUAUAUUUGAUUUAAUCAAAAUAAUACUAUUGUUUUUGUCGUAAACAUGAAGUUAACUCCGUGUGAAGUGAUCACGUUAACGAUCGCAUUUGUCUACCUUGCCACGCCCACUUUGGGGUACUCAAAUAACUCACAAGAAUUGGAGACUCCAACGACUCCAUCGCCACUCACAAACAACAGUUGCAUAUUAUCAACAGGAUCACUUGGCGAGUGUGUUGAUGUCAGAAAAUGUCCGACCAUACUGAAUGAGUUGAAAAUGAAAAAGACCGAUCCGGAAUUUGUCAGAUAUGUGAGAGAUUCGAAUUUGAUUUGCGGACAACUUGGUCACAAUGUCUGUUGUCCCAAAGAGGACACUUUAGUGGAUCCACUUCCACGUCGCUUGCCCACCCAGGAAGAGAAAUGUGGUAAGCAAAAGAAGUUCAGUUUCAAGAAGAUAAUUGGAGGCAGUCCUGCCAAGAAAGGUGCCUGGCCAUGGAUUGCGCUACUUGCCUACGAUUACGGUUUUUCACACGCCUUCAAGUGCGGUGGCACUUUGAUAACAUCAAGACACGUUUUGACAGCAGCUCAUUGUAUACUUGAUGAAUUGACCUUUGUGCGCUUAGGCGAGCACGAUCUCUCCACGGAUACGGAGACUCGACAUGUGGACAUCAAUGUUGUCAAGAAAGUAAAACAUCCACAUUUCAAUAGGCGCAACGGUCGCAGUGAUUUAGCGAUCUUGUAUUUGGAACGCAACGUGGAAUUUACGGACUUAAUUGUUCCCAUUUGCUUGCCUAACUCUCCUCAAUUACUUGCAAAAUCCUAUGUGGAUGCUAAUCCCUUUGUCAUUGGCUGGGGCAAGACUCAGGAAGGAGGUCAAUCUGCCAAUAUUUUAAAUGAGCUGCAAGUGCCCGUUUGGGAAAAUGACGUCUGCCGAGAAAGUUAUGCCAAACUGAAUCGUAGUUUUACUGAGGAUCAGUUUGAUAGCGCCAUUCUCUGUGCGGGAGAUCUGCAAGGUGGCAAGGAUUCCUGUCAAGGGGACUCUGGUGGUCCGCUAAUGUCCCCUGAAUUUGGUAAAAAUGGUGUCAGAUACUUUCUCAUCGGAGUUGUGGCUUAUGGUUAUGGUUGUGCUAGACCAAAUGCUCCCGGUGUGUAUACGAGCACACAACACUUUAUGGACUGGAUAAUCGAGAAGGUGCACGAGACGCCUAUUUGUAAAGCGAAUGAGAAUAUAUUCAAAAUGAAGUGCAUGUCAUGUGUGAUCUUUAUGAUGAUCAAUUUUAUCAGUCUUGGCAUGUCAAUUUUGGGGCGGUCCAAUAGCUUGCGAACAACAAUGACAACUUCAACCACAAGAUCACCAAAAUCGAAAAAUGAGACCCACGUUGAAAGCUGUUUUAUAUCUCCCGGUGAGCUUGGAGAAUGUGUUGAUGUCAGAAGCUGUCCGCCCAUAGUAGAUGAGCUAAAGAUUAAACUUGUCGAACCCGGCUUUGCUAGAUAUGUGAAAGCUUCGAAUUUCAUCUGUGGCAAGGUUGGAAAAAAGGUCUGCUGUCCCAUUGUGAGGCGUCGUUUGCCCACCGAGGAAGAAGGAUGCGGUCAACCGAACAUUUUAAGCUUCAGGAAGAUCAUCGACGGUAAUGUGGCUGAAAAGGGCGCCUGGCCAUGGAUUGCACUGUUGGGCUACAACGAUGGCACCUCUUCGCCUUUCAAGUGUGGUGGCACCUUGAUCACCGAUCGGCACAUUGUGACUGCUGCACAUUGUAUACGAGAUGAGCUCGCCUUUGUGCGUCUGGGCGAACACGAUCUGAGCACGGAUGCGGAGACUCAUCAUAUUGAUAUUAAAGUGAUCAAGUCAGAGUGCCAUCCGGAGUAUAAUCCUCGCAAUAGUCGCAGCGAUAUAGCGAUCAUUCAUUUGGAACGCAACAUCGAGUUUACGGACCUAAUCAUGCCCAUUUGCAUGCCUAAUUCUCCCAGCUUGCGUGUCAAGUCCUAUGUGGGUGAAUCUUCAUUUGUCAUUGGCUGGGGUAAAACUCAGGAAGGUGGCAAAACGGCAGCGGUGUUGAAUCAGCUAAAGAUACCGAUCGUGGAUAACGAAGUGUGUCGCAAUUGUUACGACAAGUUGGAUCGUUACUUUACUGUGGAUCAAUUCGAUAAGGCUGUUCUCUGUGCUGGUUAUCUUCGAGGUGGCUACGACACCUGCCAAGGCGACUCCGGUGGUCCGUUAAUGAGCGCCGAAGAUUUUCGAGGAAGCAAAAGAUUCUAUCUCAUUGGGGUCGUGUCUUACGGCUUUGGUUGCGGAAGAUCAAAUGCCCCCGGAGUGUAUUCAAGCACACAGUACUGCAUGGACUGGAUAAUUAAAAAGCUGGAGGAAAGGCCUUGAGCUAGAAUUUUAGUA